CGCAAACGUUGGAACGCUCGGAGCAUGUGCGCUGGCAAUCAAUGGGCGACAAAGUUUUCACGAUACUGUUCGACUCGUCUAAGCACGAGCUGUUCGGCGUCAGCGAUGGUUACAAGGUGCUGCAGAGGCGGCUCAAAAGCAUGUGGCAAGUCCACAGCGGAAAUGCGCAGAUAUCGCCCGAUGUGUUGUCCGGUGCCGAUGUCCUGGUGCUCGGCGGUCCGCGACAAAAAUUUACAGAGACGGAGUUUUCAGCCUUACGAGAUUUUGUGACUCAAGGGGGCAGGCUGCUGGUCUUGGUUGGUGAAGGCGGGGAACGCCGCUUCCAGACCAACAUAAAUUUCUUACUCGAAGAAUACGGCAUUGUUGUCAACAGCGAUGCUGUUGUGAGGACAGUCUAUCACAAGUAUCCACAUCCAAAAGAAGCGUUGAUCUCAGACGGAAUCCUCAACAGAGCUGUGAACAGGGCUCUUGAGGAGAUGGCGCUUGACUCCUCCGUGAGUGGUGACAGCCGAGGACUGACGUUUGUCUACCCUUUUGGUGCAACACUCAAUGUUGCUAAGCCUGCAGUAGCUCUCCUGUCUACGGGGGGCUGCUCUUUUCCUGUGGCGCGUCCGAUCUGCGCACUGUACAUCGGACAGAAGGGUGUGUCUGGAAGAAUAGUGGUCCUUGGCUCAUGCCAUCUUCUCUCGGACCACUACUUGGACAAGGAAGACAACAGCAAGAUCAAGGAUGUGUUGUUCCAUUUCCUGACCAGCGACCAAGUGCAGCUGAAUGCCAUUGAUGCUGGAGAUCCCGAGGUGUUUGACUACAACCCCAUUCCGUCACUGGCCACGAUUGCUGAUGCACCGUUCUGCUGCCUACAAGAGGGAGAGGAACUGCCCAACGACCACAUGGAGCUCUUCCGCAAACAGCUCUACACCCUCGACAACUCGAUGCUCCCAGCGGUCAUCAAUGCCUAUGAAGAGCUCGGUGUGCCCCACGAGCCACUGCGGCUUAUAAGUCCACAGUUCGAAUGCCCACUGCCGCCACUACAACCUGCGGUCUUCCCACCAUGCUUCAGAGAACCCAGUGGGCCGCCACUCGAGUUGUUCGACCUGGACGAAGAGCUGAGCUCGGAGAGCCGCCGCCUGGCCCAGCUUGCCAACAAGUGCACCGACGAGGACCUGCACUAUUUCUUGCUGCAGUGCGGACAAGUGCUGGGCAUUGGCAGUGCCGUGGGCAACCCAAAACAGAUCGUGGAGCACGUGCUCACGCGCCUCGUCGAGUUUCGAAAGCUAAAUCAGUGUGGAGACCCAGUGCCGGGGACGUUAGAAGAGCACGACAUCAUAACUGAACAGGAUAACUUGUGAUGGCUGGCAGCCUCACGCCCUGAACUUGCGUUCAAGCAAAUGGUAACGAAUGUGAAAUUAAUUAUGAAAUAAAUGACAAUGCCAUUUUCCGAGUGAAGUUUCUUCAUUUUAUUACAAAGAGAGCAGACAACAGUGGGAACUGUCCUUGCACGGACAUUUGGCCCUUAUGUACACAGUUUUGUGUUCAAUAAUUAUUAUAUAAUAACAAGUUGCUCUUUAACAACAGGGCAAAGUGCGAGGCAACUUCAAAAAACGCCAUUCGUUCCCUGCAUUUAUCACAACUCCUUGCAAAACUGAUACGGAAGAGUGAAACGAGACGACAAA